AUGGAAUCUACUAUAGCUGUCAAAGCUUUAGCAGGAGUUCAGAGGCUUGCUCUUAUAAUGAUAACUGGGGCAGUAAGCAGCUGUCCUGGAGCGGCUCUUGACUGUCUGCUUGAUAUGCUACCUAUCGACAUUUACAUCAAGGUGGUAGCAAGUAAAACAGCCCAACGCCUUAGAUGCGAAUACUUAUGGAUAACCUCAGGAAACAAUAAAGGGCACUCCAAAAUUGUUCAGGUGGUACAUAAUGAUGAAUUGCACUUGCCUUCAGAUCACAUGUCCAAAAAAUACUCCUUUGGAAAGCCUUUCAAAGUACUAAUACCAGAUAGGAAGGAUUGGUCUGGCGGAAAAGGACCCAUACCCACAGGUGAUUUAGAAUGCUAUACUGAUGGUUCUAAGAUCAAAAAUGGGGGCACUGGAGCAGGUGUGCAUUGGAUGAAUGGAGGCACUGGCAUUUGUCUUCCAAUGGGGGUGUACCCAACUGUCUUUCAAGCGGAAGUCACUGCCAUUCUAGUUUGUGCUCAAGAACAUCUUAACAAAGAUAUCAGAGACAAAACAAUCAAUAUCUAUACUGAUAGUCAAGCGACCUUAAAAGCAUUAAACUCUUACGAAUUCAACUCCAGGCUCGUGUGGGAUUGUCUUGCUUCUGUGUCUGAGUUGGGUAGGAGAAAUGACCUUACGCUUUGCUGGGUGCCAGGACACUCAGGCAUUAAAGGAAAUGAAGCUGCAGACAGAUUGGCAAAUACUGCCUCUGCGACUUCAAUGAUAGGCCCACAACCCUUCUGUGGCAUCUCACGAAACAGUGCAUGUUCUGCGAUUGCGUCAUGGGCCAAGGAAAAGCAUCGCAAACGCUGGGUCGAUGUUCCCCUUCUUAGGGUUUUCCAGGUUUUCCCUGACCGUACCAACCCUGUUUAA